AUGACUACUAUCUUUCCUGAAAAUUAUUUCCCUUUAUUAAAUUCUUUUCAAACAGAAAUUGCAAUUAGAAAAAUUAAACAAGAGUUUGAAAAGAAUUUAACAUAUGACUUAGACUUAUUGAGAAUUACUGCUCCUUUAUUUGUUGAAUCGGGUUAUGGACUAAAUGAUGAUUUAAAUGGUGUUGAAGUCCCAGUUCAUUUCCCAGUCAAAGGAAUGAAUAACAGUGUUGUUGAGGUAGUUCAUUCUUUAGCUAAAUGGAAAAGACUACAAUUACAUGAAUUAAAAAUUCCUAUUGGAGAAGGUAUUGUUACUGAUAUGAAUGCUAUUAGACCAAUGGAAGAUUUAGAUAAUAUUCAUUCAAUUUAUGUUGAUCAAUGGGAUUGGGAAAAAUCUAUUUCAAAAGAAGAUAGAACAUUAGACUAUCUUAAAAAUGUUGUUAAAAAGAUUUAUCAUACUAUUUAUAAAACUGAAGAGUAUAUUUGCAAUGAAUAUUCUCAAUUAAAAAGAAGAUUACCAAAAGAAAUUACUUUCUUACAUACUGAAGAUAUGGAAAAAGAAUAUCCUAAUUUAUCUCCAAAAGAAAGAGAACAUACUGUUGCUAAGAAGUAUGGAGCAGUUUGUGUAAUUGGAAUAGGAUAUCCAUUACCAUUAUCAAAAGUAACUCAUGACGGUAGAUCUCCUGAUUAUGAUGAUUGGUCAAGUGAAACUAAAGAAGGUUAUCAUGGACUUAAUUGUGAUAUUAUUGUAUGGAAUGAUGUUCUUCAACAAAGUCUUGAAUUAUCAUCUAUGGGUAUUCGUGUUGAUCCAACAGCUCUUAAAAGACAAUUAGAAAUGAGAAAUGCUACAGACAGAGAAAAGUUUAUGUUCCAUCAAAUGUUAUUAAAAGGAGAAUUACCACUUUCUAUUGGUGGUGGAAUUGGACAAUCACGACUUUGUAUGUUCUAUUUACAAAAAGCUCACAUUGGUGAAAUUCAAGCAUCUGUAUGGAAUCAUGAGACUAAAGAACAAUUGGCUCAACACAAUAUCUUUUUACUUUAA